GUGGGCCACCUUUUGCCACGCUAUUUCCUUCUUCUCUGUCUUUCCUUCAACAAAGACGCAGUAAUCCCCACACGCUUCCAAAGAAAAUAUAAAGAAAAGAAAAGUAUACACCACGGCAGAUUUGACGAUCCCAAAAUCGAUUUCCGAAGAAAACAAAAAGAGAAAAGCGGGUUUUUGAAAACACUUUCAAAUGAGUCGCUUCUUCUUUUCGCUCUGGUGAAAGAGAUUGCAGAAAAGAGCAGAUAAAAAAGAAAAAGGAAUCAGUUGCUUUCUCUUGUCUGUUUGAUCAAGGAAUUGGAGAAAGGUUGAGAGAUUCCUAGAGAUUCUUGAACUCGAGGGGUCCUGUUUUGAACAGAGAAGUCAUUGGCAACCAAAAGUCAUCUGUGCACAUCUUUACAAACUGUGAAAGAUAUGGAAAGGGUUAUCACCCCAGUGUCCCUGCCGGAGGGAGCUGAUUUGAGGAGCAUUUCAACGGGUAAAACAAUAAGGAGGGCUUCAUUAACUCCUUCAAGUGGAGAAGAAAAGCUUCUUCCUCACUAUCUACGAGCUUCUACAAGUUCGUGCCAUGAUUUCUGUAAAUAUGGAAGAAAACAUGCCUUCGAAGCAAAGGGGAGAAAAUCUGUUUCUCGUAAGCUCAUGGGAGAUAUUGUAACCACAUUAAAAAACCAGAACCAGAUAAAAAAUGUAAACCUUGCAGAGAGAAAAGAGAAACCACUAAUCAAGCUGAAGGCCUCACCUGAGCUGAAAACAGAAUUAUCUGACAAACCAAAAAUCACCAGCCGAAAGGUUUCGUUGCCUACCAAGAAAAUUGAGGUCUCUGAUAAACAUGUUAUAUCUUUGAAGCUGACACCUACGGUGGCAAAAUCACCUGAGCUGAAAAUAGAAUUAUCCAGCAAACCCAAAAUCACCGUCCAAAAGGCUUUGAUGCCUGCCAAGAAAAUCGAGAUAUCUGAUAAACAUGUCAUAGCUACGAAGCUCACACCUGUGGGGACAAAGUCAUCAUCACCAUCAAGUCCUUCAAGAGGUUUAAGUGGUAGAAGAAAAGGUACCAGCAGCCCACUUGAUUCUUCCAGAGGUCUAAAUAGUCGAAGAAACAGUGAGCCAUCUGAUUCGACUGGAGGUGUGGGUGGUAGAGGAAACACCGGCUUGUUGAAACCCGGGGAGAAGAAGUUACUGAAACCUCCUAUACUUUCUCUGUCCCCACGAGCUCACAUUAUCAGAGUCCCAAGCUCAAACCAAAUGAAAUAUGGGAACACGAAAGUGGCUUCUCUUGCAACAAAUCGAAGCGUGGCCAGAAAACCCAGUGGCGAGAAAGUUAGGGAAAAGACAUUGUAUGUCAUCAAGCUAAAACCAGUCAACAAAAUCAUCGAGCCCGUUCGGCACAGAAGUCGCACCAACCGAUCACAUCCAUCAUUGUUAUCGCUGCUGCCAUCAUCGACGCCACCAUCAUCAUGUCGCUUGUUGUCAUUGGAAGAUGAAGAAAGGUAUGGGAAGUCUGAGCCUUCAGUUAACAAAGCGGGUGAUUCCUUCCCUAGACGCAAUCGCACAAAGAGCCUAGGUGAAAUUUCAAAAUGUGGAGGCAACAUGAUGCUGAGAAGAGUGGCGACAGUUGGUGCUGAAGAUAAAUGCGUGCAGGAGAAACUAAGAUUUAGGAGAGGAAAGGUGGUUAGUGUUGAGUCCGAGACUAAUACCCCAAGGAGACUUAGAUUUAGGCAAGGGAGAGCACUGGCCGAGAACACUAAAGUUGAAGCUGGAAGGAGGAGCUUUCGGAGGAAGAGAAUGUUGGGUGGCAGCGAAUCAAAUUCUGCGAACCCUGAGUCUCUAAAAGUUGUGUUGAGACAUCAAGACAUGCAAGGAAAGAAAGAAGAGCAAGGAUUGCUCAAUGAUGUGAUUGAGGAAACUGCCAACAAGCUGGUCGAGACAAGGAAGAGCAAGGUGAAGGCAUUGGUUGGUGCUUUCGAAACUGUCAUCUCACUUCAAGAAAGCAAACCUGCUGCUGCUGCUACUGCUACGACUGCCACUGUUUGAGUUGCUGAUGUUGGUUUGUCUUUGCUUCCGAUUUUCACAAUGCGAUGAUACUUUCUUUUGUGGUAAUUGAGAUGUUUGGAUGGACGACUGCCAUAAAUUCGUCUGUUAAAAAAAAAAAAAUCAAUUAAGUGAGGAAAUUUUCUUUUUCUUUUUGUUUUCUACAUGUAUUUGAAAAUGGAACAUUUGAAGGCUUGUGGGUGUUUUUUGUAAAUGAAUAGAAUCUCUGUUCAGUGAAGAA